CCGGGGCGGCACCACGCGGAGGGGGACAGCGCGGUCCCCGGCGCAGCCAUGAGGCAGCAGAGCGUGCGCACCGCCGCGCUGGUCCUGUGCAUCCUGUCCUACCUGCUGGUGGGCGCCGCGGUCUUCGACGCACUUGAGUCAGAGGCAGAGAGCGGCCGCCAGCGGCUGCUGGCCCAGAAGCGGAGCGAGCUCCGGAGGAAGUACGGCUUCUCCGCUGAAGACUACCGCGAGCUGGAGCGGUUGGCGCUCCAGGCUGAGCCGCACCGCGCCGGCCGCCAGUGGAAGUUCGCCGGCUCCUUCUACUUCGCCAUCACUGUCAUCACCACCAUCGGUUACGGCCACACCGCGCCAGGUACCGACUCGGGCAAGGUCUUCUGCAUGUUCUAUGCGCUCCUAGGCAUCCCCCUGACGCUGGUCACCUUCCAGAGCCUGGGCGAGCGGCUGAAUGCGCUGGUGCGGCGCCUCCUGCUGGCGACCAAGCGCUGCCUGGGCCUGCAGCGGCCCCGCGUGUCUACCGAGAACAUGGUGGUGGCCGGGCUGCUGGUGUGCGCGGCCACCCUGGCCCUCGGGGCCGCUGCCUUCGCGCACUUUGAGGGGUGGACUUUCUUCCACGCUUACUACUACUGCUUCAUCACCCUCACCACCAUCGGCUUCGGCGACUUCGUGGCGCUGCAGAGAGACGAGGCGCUGCAGAGGAAGCCGCCCUACGUGGCUUUCAGCUUCCUCUAUAUCCUCCUGGGGCUCACGGUCAUUGGCGCCUUCCUCAACUUGGUGGUCCUGCGCUUCCUAGCAGCUAGCACCGACGCGCCCGAGCGUGCUGUCCGCCGGGCCAGCCCGCUCCGCCUGGGGGCGCCCGAGAGCCGCGGCGGCCCGGCCCGCCCCGGGGGCUCCUCUUCCGUCUCCUACCGCGUCCACCAACUCGAGAUGUGGGCCCGCGACAACCUGGGCUUCUCGCCACCCGCGAGUCCUGGGGCUGUGGGCGGCUGCGGGGCAGGCAGGCCCCCAGCCCGUCGGAAGUCCAUCUGACAGCCCUGCCCUACAGGAGGUCCAUCCCAGAACGGAAGGUCUGGGUUUACCCAUCAGUGCACCGCUCUCCCCAGAGCUUGGAGAGGGGCGAGGGACCCGUGGCCGCAAUGCCAGUCUUCUGCCACGGCCCGGUUCUCAUUCUCUUCUGUGGC